AAGAAAAACCACGGCAGUUUUAAAGAAUUGCCGUUGAGUAGUUUUCCAUUUAUAAAAUAAAGUAUGACAGGAAAUCUGCGACGUCGCAAACCGAGUUAUGUGAUUGCCGACUUACACCGUUGAUUAUCAGUAUUCUAUAGGUGUGGAUUCAAGUCUCAAAAGUCAUUAUGAAGCAAAAUGCAUAUUGCCAGAGGAGUGGCACGAUAUGAGUCAAAAGGAUGAUUUUAAGAUAGAUGCAACCCAAAAAAAUGUUGAAUCAUGGACUGGCGUUAAAUGAAUCACUGUUGUUCCCUUAACCAGGGUUUUAUAUUUUCGAUUUUUUUUUGGAGAGAAGCAAGAUAAUUUUCAGCUCAAUGGAACAGAGCAUUCCCUAGAACAUUCUCAAAUUUUCAAAAAUUCCAUGAAGCUCUGAUUCUAUUAGUAGAGACAGAUUUCAUUGGGCCAUCAUUGCAGCCCAACAAACGACUAAUGUUUCCAAAAGUUUCAAGGAAAUUGGAGACAAAUAGUUACAGGAGUCUCUUUGAUAGUUGUUAUUUUAAUGUAUCUGUGUCAUUUUAUAGAAGUUUGUUAAGCCUUGGAACAUUUUUCUGUUUAUUUUUAAAUAAAUCUAUUUUCCUAUUAAAAGUGUGGCCCUUAUUUUGACCGGAAACAUGAUGGUUACUUAAAUAUUGCAAAUUCACUAAGCGAAAAAUGAGAAAUUUUUUUCGCUCUUUUUGAUUUUGAAACAAAAAUUUGAUUUGAAAAUCAAUGAAAGGGAUAAAAAUGUCACACUUUAGGAACAAAGCGAUCUAUUUAGAAUGACUCAAAUCCUUCUUUUCCCUCAAAUUUUUGUAUUUUUUGAUAUCUUAAUCUGUAAAACAAUAGGCAAGGGUAUCCGAGAAAAUGUGCCUGUCUCAAGCAAGUCAAUCAUUACUUGCAUAUCACGAGCAAUUCUGACGAAAGGCUUCCCUAGAAGAACAAUAGUAUCUAUCAUCAAAGAAGUUCAAGUUCGAAGCAAAAGUUCUCAUGAAAAACCUACCUUGGGUUCAGUCUAUUUAGAUUGUUCCUAAGCAAGCAUGGCUCUCGGCUUGGUCUGACAUGAGGAGCUGUUGUUGACCUGGUUUCUUUACUUUGUCUGUGUAUUUUUCCGUAAAGAUUUGUAAAUUAAUGUUUAGAGUAAAGUAUGUAAGUAUCUCAUGAUCAUUUAAUCAAAAAUAGAUGGUGCAAAUGAAAGCUUUCUCUUUUGAAAUAGCAAUUUUAUCUCCCAAGGAAGUAAAAGCUGAUGGAAUGCAUUAGCCUUUUUAUGGAAAAAUAUACAAGAAUGCUAAAUUUAACAUAACGUCAAAGUAAAUUUGAUGGUAAUGGUGCCAUUCAAUGGCUGUAAAUCAGGUUAAAAUAAUUAAUUGUCAACUGCGGCUCUCCUGACAAUUUUAGUUUAUUCUAUUGGUUUAUCGUUUUCUAAGAGUUGAAUGCAUUUAUUAAAAAUUCAAGCAUUUUAUUUCUGCCAUACAUUUUUGCCAACUAAUUUUCGAUUGCCUGACAUGAUUUCUGCCUGAAAAUUGACUUCUAAGUCCCUGAUAAAAAAUUCAUUGUGCAAAGUGAAGCAAUAACGUUAACACCUCAUGACAGCACUCUUGACCGAUAGCCAUUCUUUCUCUAAAGCAGUUUCUUUUACUGUAUUGAAUUUUAGGGGGCUUUUAAGUAAGAUAGAUUCAAGAUAGGUAAGACAGGUUCAUUGAUAGAUUUCAAGUUAUCCAAUAAUUCCUAUAAUAUAUUUUAAUUUAUUUUAUAAAAAAUUCUUGCCAUGCAACUUCCAGCUUUUGUUCUAAUGUGGUAAGGUUACUGACUAUUUUCAGAAUUAAUUCAAACUUGCAAAUUGUUCUUAUAUAUCUAGCACCAAAAACACAUUAAAACCUUAGGGUCCUCAAAAAGUCAAAAAUUAACUGAUCCCUCUUCUGAUAAAAUGGUAAAAUAAGUUCAAUAACAUUACACAGUAACUUUGAAAAAAGAAACAUUUCACUUAUGCAUUAAGGCAACUUUAACUUUAAUACUAUUGAAUUGCACAUAUUUUAGACAUCCCACGUGAGUACCUCUCAGAGAGCGGCAAGAAGCAAAAAAUAAACCUCCUAAUAAUAGAGCAUUUAUUAGAUUCUGUUCGUUGCAGAAAAAGUUGUUUAUGAGUGGAACUAACAGAGUCUUGGAGAUGGGAGCUAUAACUCAGUUGUUGCAUCCUACCAACUCCUUGUUUCCAUGUUUACUGCUCUCCCGGGAUCUAUAAAUAAACACGCUGUCAACAGUGCUUCCUCUUGGUACGUGAAAUUCAAUGAAACAUGCGUUCAUAGUGAUAACUGCGUGGACUACAAAAUGGUCUGCGCCAAAGCAGAAAAUGAAGAGAUGCGAUGUCUUUGCUCUGACAUGUUGUACAUUUGGAGUGAGCAGUUGGAACAAUGCAUCAUGGACUCAGAUAAAUUGAAAAAAUGGUUGUUUCGUGUCCAGGCUGAUAUAAGUGAAUCUGGAGAAGCACGCCAAAAAGAGUCCAACAGUGCUUUUGUAGCACUGACACUGUGUGGUGUCCUCAUUGUUCUUUCUCUGCUAAGUUUUCUGGGCUUUGUUUGUGUUUUAUUUGGAUGUAGGAUAGAUACUUCUCCUAAAUAAAGAUUCAUGUGAUGUCUUGCUU